CUGAGUCAACGCAAAUACACACUUGACAUCCUAGAAGAAAGCGGUUUCCUUGCUAGCCGCCCUAGUCAGUUUCCCAUGGAACAAAACUUGAAACUUCGGCCUGAUGAUGAUAGCCCGCCAGUUGACGCUUCCUCAUAUCGUCGCUUGAUUGGUCGCUUGUUGUACCUUACUGUGACUCGUCCAGACAUUGUCUUCUCUGUUAGUCAGCUUAGUCAAUUUCUUUGCCAGCCACGCCAGUCUCAUUUCGACGCUGCCACCCGUGUUCUUCGAUACUUAAAACAGACUCCGGGACAAGGAAUUUUCUUAUCUGCGGACACUGAUUUCUCUUUGAAAGGUUAUUGUGAUGCUGAUUGGGCAGGUUGCUCUUACACUCGCCGAUCUAGCACUGGAUAUUUUAUCACUCUUGGCAAUUCCCCAGUCUCUUGGAGGACGAAGAAACAGUCUGUUGUUUCACGUUCUUCCGCAGAAGCAGAAUAUCGUGCCAUGGCCGUCACGGUUAGUGAAAUUUUAUGGCUACGAUGGUUACUUCGAGAUCUAACAAUUCCCCAAACUGGUCCUACGUCUCUCUUCUGUGAUAAUCAAGCAGCUCGACACAUUGCACUCAACCCCGUUUUUCAUGAGCGUACCAAGCAUGUGGAAAUGGACUGUUUUUUUGUUCGGGAACGUGUCGCUAGUGGCGAAAUCCAACCACGUUGUAUCACUACAACACAUCAGAUUGCUGAUAUUUUCACUAAGGCGCUCGGCACGGACCGAUUCCAGUUUCUCAGGAGCAAGUUGGGUGUUCGCAACCUUCACACGCCACCUUGAGGGGGAGUAUUGAGAUUAUUUACUGUUGAGACUAUUUACCUCAUAUUACUCACGCACCAUGUGUAAUGUUUCCUUAUUAUUAAGCAUGGGUGCAUGUGAUGUAUGGCCCAUGCAUUAUUCUCUUCAUUAUGCACAUCACGUAUUGCAAUAUAUAUGUAGCAUGCAUGUCAUUGAAAUAAACAAGUUACGUAUUAUUCCUCUUACAUGAAGUCUAGCUCUCUCAAUACUAGUUCCUAUUUUUAUCAUUAGCUAGUUUAUAUAAAAUUAUCAAUUUUUGUUAGCGGGAAGUUAUUUUCG